CUAUCCGGUCAGCAUCGCCUACUACACCACCAUCGACAGGCAGCAAAGCAACAGCAAGCAACCACCGCCCCAAUUUCCCUCUCUUCCUUUCGUCCUCUCCUCCUUCCUUCCUGGGGGGACGCCAUCGAAUUCUCCAACGGGCAACUGCAACUUCUGCAACCGCUCUCUCUCUGCAUAAACCGACGGCGGGGGGCGCGAGGACAGACGAGGGGGAAAAAAGGAGGCGCCUUUGCUGUAAAGCGGGCGCACUGCUCUGCUCUGCUCUGCUCUCUUCUCUCCCUCCCUCGACUACUCCACCUCGCCUUCCCUUCCCUUCCCUUCCCUUCCCCCGCGCCUCUUUUGAUUUUCGUUUCCCGCCCGGGGAAAAUUGCAGCGGCGGCGGCUCUGCCUCUUCCUCCUGGCGGCCGGCCAGCGGGCCAGAGCGGAGUAGCCCACCCGACAUGGCGGAAGUACCCUUGGAGGAUGAGCUGCAGAGAGAGCUCUCUGGCAUCAUGAUCCAGAGCUACAUUAUGGGUCUGCGCCGUGAGUUCGAGACCAAGCUAUGGGAGAAUCAGAACCGUAUCAGCACCCUGACCAAGAACUGCAACGAAAAUGUUUCCGAGAUCGCCGCGCUGCGGGAUGAACUUGCCGGCAUCUUGAGCGCCGUGGCAGCUUCAGAGUCCAGCGUGCUUCCUCCCCAUACUAGUCUCGAGAAAGUCGAUGAGACGAGCUCUCUGAAGAUGAAAGAUGAUGGCGGCGAGCCUCCUGUAGCAAGACAGACGAAUGAGGCCAUGCUUGAUAUCCCGGAUUUUUCGCUCUUGAAGCACAUGAGCGGCGAAGAGAUCACGGGGUUCCUCAAGUCGGAGUGGCUGAAACUGCGAAGGCAGCAUGAGAUUGAGUUGCAUGCGAAGACCGAGGAGUUGUUCAGGCUGAAAAGGGAUUUCGCGAAAGAUGGCGCCAUGUUGCCUUUUAGGAAAGAGAGAGAGCUUGAACUCAUCAAAUCAAAGCUGUCUCAGACGAUUUCAAAACUGGAUGAGAUCAUAUCGAGGAAAGAGGGCUCUUCUUUUAACCAUAAAGAGGAUGAUGAGCUAUGCAGGUUGAAGGACAGAAUUGGUUCUUUACUUGAUGAAAAUGAACAUCUUCGAGGUUUGCUGGCCAACAAAAGAAAGGAGAAUAAGCAGCUUGCUUCACAAGUAGUGGACGCGCAUAGUGAUAUUAUGCAACACUCGCUGUCAAAGUCAAAACUUUUGAAUCAAGUCGACAAGCUCAGUGGUCAGCUUGAAGAUCUAAAGAUUGAGAGCCACUUGAAAGAUUUAUUGGACCUAUCUGUAUUAAGAGAAGUUUUCGGCAAUUAUGAAAAUCAGAUUGAUGAUAGUAACCAGGAGGAGUGGUUCCUCAGAGAUUUGCUCAUGGAAAAAGAAGAGCAGAUACGUGUUAUGUCCGGAGAAAAACAUAAGCUCAAGUAUGAAAAUGACCAGCUUGUUUCAAUUGCAGGAUCGACAUUGGUUCAGCACCAUGAGGAAUUCGACCUGGUUAACGACGAGCUUUCGAUGUUUAGAGAGAAAGUCUGUGAGCAAGAAUUGCUGAUUCUAGAGUUCAAAGGCGAGUCGAAUUCAAUGAAGAGCUGCCUUUAUGAGGCUUUGCAGCAAAUCCAUGUGUGCAAGCAAGAGAUAUAUGGGCUGACUGAGACCUUAACUUCCAUGUCUGUUGCCUUGGAGGAAGCAAAAGAACAAAAUGCCUCACUUGAUGCCACUAUCCGGGAAAUGAAGAAGACACCAGUCCCAUGCAUCGACAGUCAUAGUGGGCACGCAGGGCACCUAGAAUUUGAUCUUGUCAGUAUGGAAAAGCUGUCAAAAGAAUACAGUGAUUUUGAGAGCAGAUUAGCACAAAGUAUGAAACAAAAUGAAAUUAGGUUGACUAGUAUAAUUUGUCAGUUUAACCCACUAGUACAGCAAGUUGCUGUAUUAAAGAAAAGGGAAUUCUGGUAUAAACAAAUACUUGAGAUUAAAUGUUCGAAUCUCCUGAAAGCAGAAGCUGAGGUUGAUAUACUUGGCGAUGAGGUCGACACCCUUUUAAGUGUUCUUGGUAAAAUAUAUAUAGCACUUGAUCGUUAUUCUCCUGUUUUGAAGCAUUACCCUGGGGUGACAGAGAUUCUGAAUCUAACGCAGAAGGUGUUGAAAGGAGAAACUGUUUAGCAACAUAACACAUUGGUGAAACAUUAGUUAGCUUUGGGCAGGUUUUCGCAUUGACUUACAGGGAGGAAAGAUGUUAGCUUACAGAUCCAAGUGCAGUCAAAGUAGUAGACAGCAUUGUUCAAUUGCUAGUGUGACAAGGCUUUUCUAGGCUUGUUCUUUAGUCUUUUCUAGCGUUGCUUAGUGUUGUAUCAGUGUGCAGUUAGUAGUUGUCAAUACACAUCAUAGGGUUUUAUUUGUGUUAAUUACAGAUUUAGGUUAUAUUGUGGGUGAUUAUUUCUCUCCUUUUGGGAAAAUUGGGUGAUUAUUUCGUUGGGUGCAGAAAGUUCAGCUUGUUAUUGUCAUAGUUGUCCUGCCCUAGCUUGUAUUCUCAGUGAUGAUGUAUUUCUAUCCUAGUCUGUGUUGUCAGUUGUCACUUGUCUUGUCAGUGUUUUUGUGUUUGUAAGCUGUAACUAAUGCAGUUUUCUCUAAUCCAUUUUAACACUGGAAAGCAGUAGAUAUUUGCAAUACUGCCAACUAGUUGAUGAAA